AUGAUCUAAAGUUUAGGGAUGCAGACCAAAUUUCAUAGACAGAUGGAGAAAAUGAAAGGAUUUCUGGUCUCAGCUCGCACUAUAUCUCCCAUAAAUGAUGAUGAACCUAUUCGGAAAACUCAGACUCCUUUGAUUGGCCAAUAAGCCCAAUCAAUAUCAUUCAGUGAUGAGGAGAUGGAAGAUGAGGAUUUCAAGUAAAUAGGGGUUAAGUCCACUAAUUUUGAAGACGAGUUUACACUUGGCAAGAAACUAGGCGAAGGCACUAAUGGUAUCGUCAGAAUUUGUUGGAAGAAGGACAAUCCUUCAUUAUUAUUUGCUGUUAAAAUUGUACAGACUCCAGAUGAAGAACAAUUAGAUAUCGUUAGACAAACAUUCAUCAAUUCCACAAUCAUCAAAAGUCCUUAUAUUGCAAAAUGCUAUAAAUUAUAUAUUGACAUUAAUGUAAUAUAUAUGGUAAUGGAGUAUGUCCCAUUUCAAAAUUUACAAUCCAUUUUACAACAGAGAAUAAAAUUAAAAGAGCAGGAAGUUUAAAAAAUUGCAUGUUCCCUAUUGAAAAGUGUUAGGUGUUUACACAGUUGUGGCAUUUGUCAUAGAGACAUUAAACCAGAUAAUGUUCUUGUUAAUCCGAAGUACACAGUCAAACUUAUAGACUUCGGAGUUUCUAGAAGAUUUGUUUCAUUCAAUAAUAGCACUUUUAGAUAUAUGAGAAAUCAGAUGCUAACAGUUACUGGUAACCUACAUUAUCGAGCCCCAGAAAUCAUGGGUAGCCACAUCUAUGGAUAUAAUUAGUAAGUGGAUAUAUGGGCUAUUGGAGUUAUCAUGUAUUAAUCCUUAACUGGUGUCUUGCCAUUUACUUCAGAUAAUACUGCAGACAUUGUUGCUUUAUUAUCCAAUACUUAAUCAAUAAAUGAAGCCUUUCAAAAACCUUAGUUUCUAUCCUUGUCUUCUAGUUGCAGAGACCUUAUCAAAAGACUAAUGAUGUGGAAUCCCUUGAAAAGAUUAACAGCCUCUGAAGCUCUCAAACACAUAUGGAUACCUAAUAUGCAAACUCCCAGAAAACCACUCACCAAAAAAAUUACUAAGGAUGAUAUGGAUACUAGUAAAAUAAGUCAAAAUAGUGAUCUUCUUAAUAAAUCAUUAAUCAAUAGUGCCACCAUUCUGAAUUUUGAGUUACAAAAUACACUAAUCAAAAGUAAAUAAAUUGAUUCUGUCUUGGAAAACUCUGAUAUCACUCGAUCUCAGAAAAGUCUAGGUUUCUCCAUCAAGAUCAAAAGGGAUAAAGAAAUUCAGGAUUUCAAAGCCAAAUUAAAGCAAUUCAAAUUAGAAACCUCCACAAAGAUAUACAAGAGAAAUAAUUCAAACCAGAAUAAUGCCAUAUAAUUGGUUGGUGCUUUAGUAGAUGAUAAAAUGAACAGCUCAAUUAAACUAGAUGAUGAUGAUGAUAUUUUUGGCAUCAAAGUAUGUGGUAGUCAUCACUCGCUGACACAAAUUGAUGAACCUAUGUAAAUUGAUCAAUAAGCACAGCAUAAUAAGUUAGAUCCCACAUUAUUACAGAAGCUCUCAGAAUUUAAUUUGUGA